UAAAUCAAUAGUCAAUAAUCAAUUCCGUGUAAAAGUCUGGGACAUUAGGCUUUACUGUCUACUCUGGCUGACCGCCAACACAACCCUUUAUCCCUAUUGGUCCGGGAAAGGUUGCACAUUCUGUUCAAGGAUUUGAAAGUAGGGAAAUUGAGUCGCUGUAAACCUGUGGAAACUGGGCCUGUUGCUGACGUGGGAAAAGAAACGUGCACAUUUUGAGCUGCAUGGGAUUUUGCAAUAUUGGUAGAUUACGUAGGACGUUUCGGCAGAGGGAGUUUGAACCAGAAGAAAUGGACUAGUCUGACGAGUAGCCCUAGUCUGAUCGUUUUCCUUAACAAUUUUCCGUGGCGAUCAUGGGGCACAAGGACGAUUUCGGGCCUGCAACUCGCACCAGAAGACGUGCGACCAUUACCAAUGCAAAAAGUGAACUUUUUAAGCGCUCGAAUGGAGUUGGUGCACCCUUCACUCCCAGUACUGUCGCGAACAAAUCGAGACACAACCGACAAGAACCACCCGCAAAGGACUCGGUGGAUCAAGUGCGAAAAAACACUCUCUACGAUAACUUGAGUUGCCACAGAUUGCAAGAGUCGAUGCUCAGUUCUGCAAGUACUUUCAAAAAUUACAGAGGCAUUUUGAACUGGUGUGUUGUUAUGCUGGUCUUGAGCAAUGCACGGCUAUUUUUGGAAAACCUUCUCAGGUACGGCAUUCUUGUGGACCCCAUCCAAGUGGUGUCUUUGUUCCUGAAGGACCCCUAUAGUUGGCCCGCUGUAUGCCUGGUCAUAGUUUCAAAUAUUUUCAUACUUGUGGCUCUGUACACAGAGAGAAGAUUAGCCAUGGGAAGCCUUGGUGAGCAGCUCGGUCUGCUGAUUCACAUGAUCAACUUGUCCAUUAUCUUGUGUUUUCCUGUGGCCACAGUACUCACGCUGCCCUCUGUAACACCAGUGGGUGGUGCAUUUGCUCUGGGAGUCUACACCAUCCUGUUCCUGAAGCUCUACUCGUAUAAAGACGUGAACAGGUGGUGCCGCGAGGGCAUGCGGGCGAAGGCGCGCAGCCUGUCCAGAUCACUGUCAUGCCCGUCCUCUGCAUCCGCUGACGGAGGAGCACACGUGUCUUACCCCGGAAACCUCUCCAUCAAAGAUGUGUAUUAUUUUGCUUUUGCGCCAACGCUGUGCUACGAGCUGAACUUCCCGCGUUCUGCCUCCGUGCGCAUGGGCUUUUUGCUCAGGAGGCUGUUUGAGAUGCUUCUUCUCACUCAGCUACUGGUUGGCUUAACACAACAGUGGAUGGUGCCCAUCAUCCGAAGUUCAAUGAAGCCACUGCAGGAGAUGGAUUAUUCAAGGAUGAUGGAGCGACUUCUCAGACUCGCUGUACCUAACCACCUUAUCUGGCUGAUAUUCUUCUACUGCUUUUUCCACUCAUCUAUGAACUUUGUGGCAGAGAUCCUGAGAUUCGGAGAUAGAGAAUUUUACAGGGACUGGUGGAACUCCGAGACUGUAACUUAUUUCUGGCAAAACUGGAACAUUCCUGUUCAUAAGUGGUGUCUCCGACACUUUUACAAGCCCCUGUUGAGAAAAGGGGCCAGCAAGUUAGUGAGCCAAGCGGCAGUGUUCUUUACCUCGGCCUUUUUUCAUGAGUAUCUUGUCAGUGUGCCUUUGAGGAUGUUCAGACUGUGGGCGUUCAUGGGUAUGAUGGCUCAGCUCCCAUUGGCAUGGAUCGUGAGUAGAUAUCUCAGGGGUAACUAUGGAAACGCUGCGGUGUGGCUUUCUCUCAUAAUAGGCCAGCCUAUCGCUGUUCUCAUGUACGUCCAUGACUACUAUGUCAUCAACCACCUGGAGGAAGCAGCUGACCAAGGGGCUCCCUAGCCUGCAGAGCCCGGAGUUACAGCCCUGAGCUGACAUCUUGAAGAAUCACAUCUUUUAGGACAAUUUUAAAAAACAAAACAAAUAGGAGAGGAGAUCUUCACUGGUGGGGAAUGAUAUCCAUUCCCUGUGGUUUCAAUUCAGUGGAUUUCAAUGUAUAAAAAGUCCUAAUCUUAAAAUGGUACUUUAUCGGGAUUACGUUGGAUUUAGUUACUAUAUAGAUGUACCGGAGCUUUAUUGGAUAAACUGACUUUUACAUUCUCAUGGAAUAGUAGUUAAAAUGCAAACAAUGUGUUUUUUAAAGAAUGUGUUCAAAGGUAAUUGAUGUGAUAUCAAAUACUUUUGCAAUGGAACAGGCAAAAAUCUCACAAAUACUGCCACUGCUGAGAUUCUUUUGAUUUAUUUUACAUGAAAAGAAACUUUUUGAGGAUGUUAAUUUUUCAUGGACUUGAAUACUGUUGUUUGUUUACCAGUAUACUUUGCCCCACUAUGAGGUAUUUGAUGAAAAUUCACAUGUGUAAUUGUGUGAAUUCAUCGAAGUCAGGGACUGCCCUCUACUGGUGUCUCAUGAGACGCUUCAAGCCUCUGUAUGAAUGAAACUGGCCAUAUGAUUAUUCCUUUAUGUGGGGACAUUCAUCAAACAUAAUUAUAUUCCAUAGAAUACCGGACAUGCUGUAAUCUCCCACUGUGUUAUUUUCUGCAGAUUUAGUCCUUUUAGAGUCAUUUGUUUUCGAGAUGAUGAGGGUGCCAGAUUCCCCCCCCCCCCAUCUCACCCCCCAAUCAGUGCAAGUUUGUGAUAAAUGGUUUUAGAGAUAAGUGCUAUAAUAGCUGCUGGUUGUUCUCGGCGAGCUUCCUAUCACCAACGACGUGAUGCAGGCCGGCUCUGAGUCUCUGCAGUAUCUUAAGGGCUGAUUGGACGCUACAGCGAGAAGCUCUGUUUAGAAUACACUGCCAUAACCAGAAGGAUCUGGAAGAAAGAUUACAGUGCGAGGAAUGAUGCAGCGAUGCGGUUUAUCUAGGGAACCAGCAGGACUAUGCGCUACCUCACGUUUAGUGAAUGGCAUAAGCUUUUCUAACUUAAGGCACUGCCCGUUAACCACUGCAGUGAGAAUGUGGAUGGUGUUUGUGUGUUGUGAUGUGUUAACAGUGAAGCAGGAUGUAAAACACUGUCGUGACGUUAUCUCUUUCUCAAAUAUAAAAGCAGAUAUCUGAACUGUUCAAGGUGAGAAUUACAGUGGUUGUGUAAAGAAAAAUACCGUUCUAAAAGUGAUUUGUCACGAAAUAAAGAUAAAAAAUAAAAAUAAAGA